GGCGGGAGGAGGAAUGUGAAGCCAUUUCAUUUAGACGUGUUAGCGCAUAUAGCCCAGCCCGACUGGGUGAAUCCAAUCCAGCGAUAGUCGGGGAGGAGUGACGCCGGAGCCGAAGUGAUGUAAGAGACGGGAGGGUGGGAAGCUGAGAGGAGAAGGAGGAGGAGGAGGAGGAGGAGGGACGGAGUCAGUAGAGCUCUGAUAUUCUCCUCACUCUCCGAGAGCCACACGACAGAAGGGACAUCACCGGGCGAGAAUCUCCUAAGAGCGUCACUGGGGCUCUGAGCAAGAUGUAGACUCUCCCAGUGAACAUUCCAGGCGGACGGCGUCCACCUUCAGCACCUUGGACAGCGACUUCAUUUCGCUGCUCAUUUCAGAACACUUCUCUCAGAGGAGAGCGACCGGCCAGAGAGAGUCACGGAACAGCCCCGAAGAACAGCAUCAACCGGUCCGCCGCACUGCCGCGACAUGCGGGGCCACUCAUAUCGGAAGAGUGCGGCAAAAGUGGGCUUUUAGUUUCGGUGCGGUUCGCUAAGCAGCCUCGCGGCUAUUCAAAAGACGAAAAAAUAAGCACAGAAGAGCUUUUCCUACGAGCGACGAGAGGGAGGAUCCACCACAGAUGCAUUCGAUGUGACCGCGUCGGCAGUAUGGAGCGGAGGACGGACGGGCCAGCAGUCUCCAGAAGCCAGUGUACCCGGGCCGCCGUGCGUCCUCGCGGGGUGAAGACGCACUGACGCGCCCCCCGGCCCCCCGCCGAGCUCUCCUCCACCUCAGAAGAAGAAGCACCCAGCCGGUUUUCUUUUAGUCACGUUCAUCGCGCGAUGGGGAUACAGCACCUUUUACUUCUGCUCAUAUACCUGGACCCGCUGUGCGUGCUGGGCGCUGCCCCCGGCGGCGGGAAAAAGGUGGCCAACAAGGUGCCCAAAAAGAGCGCGAAACCCAAAGACGCAGCAAACAACAUCACCUCCGCGGCGGUUCCAACCGCGGCGUCGCAGAAGAACGUGCCCCUGUCGACGGCCGCCAGCAACCACGACACCUGCCUGGGCUACUACGACGUGAGCGGCCAGUAUGACAAACAGUUUGUGUGCAACAACACGAACCACCGCUUUUGCUGCGGGACCUGCUACCUGCGCUUCUGCUGCGAGUACAAGAAGGACCGGCUUGACCAAAAAGCAUGCCGGAACUACCACUCGCCCGACUGGGUGCAGACGCCGUCCCCGGCGCCCGUCCCGACGGGGGAGACGUACGACCCGAGCAUGGACCAGACGAACACCGCGGUGUACAUCACGUGUGGGAUCAUUGCCUUCAUUAUAGUGCUCGGCGUGUCGGCCAAAGUUGCCUACGACAAAGCCACGGAACCGCCUCAGGAGAUGAAUAUUCAUAGGGCCCUCGCCGACAUCCUGCGACAGCAAGGCCCCAUACCCAUCUCGCAGUACGACUGUGAGAACUUUGCCGCCAUGAACGGCUCGCCGAAGGACAACACGCCGGUCCGGACCACGUCCAAGAACCACUACACGCCGGUCCACGCCUCCAAGUCCAACCACGGUCUCCACUACGGCAAGGAGAGUGUGCGGAGCAGUGGCGGCGGCGGCGGCGGCGGCGGCGGCCAUGACCUUCACAACUUCAUCUCCUCGGGCUUCGUGACGCUGGGCCGAGGCCAUCAGAAAGCGCAGUGCUGUAGGGGGGCAACAAGAACCAGCAGGAUGCCAGGGAGAGACACAGGGACCGAGGGGGCCCAAUCAGGCUCCGGGGGCGGCCUGGCUUGCCCCGCUGUCUCAGAGCGUCAAUCAAAGGUCCCAUCCACCUCCACAAAGGGGCUAAGGCGCCCCUGA